AACUGCCUCUAUCAGACAGCUGGCAGAACCUCAAGGGACACACACACCAAGCUGGUGGUGUUUAUUAUGCGGAUGUACAGGAAGAUGGAAUGGGAGUAAUGGCUUUUCUCUACAAAGAUACAGAACAUGCACUGUGUAAGCUGGAUGAUGUCAAAUUAUGA